AGGGGGCGUGGUGAAAUCGGGGCAGGUCGACUUGAGUUUUGGAUUAAAGCAUGUUAAUUGCCUGGUUCAUUUUCGUCACAUUAUGACUCGACUCCGUCCGCCCCCUCCUGCAAAUUCCUCCCUUUAACUCACCCUACUCGCCCUCUUCUUCUCACUGAUUUCAGUGCCAACCCUCCCUUCUACUUGCAUUUGAUGAAAAGAUGAGUUCCUUUUCCAUCACACGAAAAAAGACGCCUUUCCAGAAGCACAGAGAGGAGGAAGAGGCAAAGAAAAAAAGAGCUGAGGAUGAAACUGCUCGAUUAUAUGCCGAAUUCGUGGAGUCAUUUCAAGGGGAUAAUGCGCCAGGGUCAAAGACUUUUGUUCGAGGGGGGACAAUCAAUCCUAAUGAGAGAGUGAAGACAGAGUCUGAAGGUGAAAAGUCGAAAGAUGGGGUAUCUGUUCCAAAGAAGGGAAGUAGGUAUGUUCCAUCUUUCAUACCACCUCCUUUGGCAGCCAAGGGAAAAGAACCUGAUAAGAAGAAGGAGGAGGAGAAGCCGAAGGAGAGAGAGAAGGGGAAGUCACGCAACAUAGAUCAUUUUAUGGAGGAGCUGAAGCAUGAGCAAGAGAUGAGGGAGAGACGAAAUCAAGAACGGGAUCAAUGGCGUGAUGGACGCCAUAAUGAUAGUUCUGCUCUGCCUAGCAGAUUUGAUGAGCUGCCUGAUGACUUUGAUCCGAGUGGAAAGCUUCCUGGAUCAUUUGAUGAUGGUGAUCCACAAACUACUAAUCUCUAUGUUGGAAAUCUCUCACCACAGGUGGAUGAGAAUUUCCUUUUGCGUACUUUUGGAAGAUUUGGUCCUAUCGCUAGUGUGAAAAUAAUGUGGCCUAGGACAGAAGAGGAACGGAGGCGACAAAGAAAUUGUGGCUUUGUUGCUUUCAUGAACAGAGCUGACGGUCAGGCUGCUAAGGACGAAAUGCAAGGGGUAGUUGUUUAUGAGUAUGAGUUGAAGAUUGGAUGGGGUAAGUCUGUUUCUCUUCCAUCACAAGCACUACCUGCUCCCCCACCAGGUCACAUGGCCAUCAGGAGUAAGGAGGGAGCCACAGUAAUCUUGUCUGGUCCAUCAGGUCCACCAGUCACUUCUGUUCCAAAUCAAAAUUCUGAGCUGGUUCUCACUCCAAAUGUCCCUGAUAUAAUGGUUUCUCCUCCUGAGGAUGAUCAUCUCCAUCAUGUGAUCGACACAAUGGCUCUAUACGUUCUGGAUGGAGGAUGUGCUUUUGAACAAGCCAUAAUGGAGAGAGGUCGAGGAAAUCCUCUUUUUAACUUCUUGUUUGAGCUUGGAUCGAAGGAACACACUUACUAUGUUUGGAGGCUCUAUUCAUUUGCUCAGGGUGAUACUCUUCAAAGGUGGAGAACUGAGCCUUUCAUCAUGAUAACUGGCAGUGGAAGAUGGAUGCCACCCCCUCUUCCUACGGUCAGAAGCCCAGAGCAUGAGAAGGAGUCUGGUACCACAUUUGCAGCAGGAAGAAGCAGGCGUGUGGAGCUGGAACGGACAUUGACUGAUCCACAGAGGGAUGAAUUUGAGGAUAUGUUGCGUGCUUUGACAUUAGAAAGGAGUCAGAUAAAGGAAGCUAUGGGUUUUGCUUUAGAUAAUGCUGAUGCAGCUGGAGAGAUAGUUGAGGUUCUCACAGAAUCUUUAACACUUAAAGAAACACCUAUACCAACUAAAGUUGCAAGGCUCAUGCUUGUCUCUGAUGUUCUUCACAAUAGCAGUGCUCCAGUAAAGAAUGCAUCUGCAUACCGUACCAAAUUUGAAGCAACCUUACCUGACAUAAUGGAGAGCUUUAAUGACUUGUAUCGUAGUGUAACGGGAAGGAUUACUGCUGAGGCCCUUAAGGAACGAGUUAUGAAGGUUCUUCAAGUCUGGGCAGACUGGUUCCUAUUUUCAGAUGCAUAUGUCAAUGGAUUGCGGGCUACUUUUCUUCGAUCUGGGAACUCUGGAGUGACACCUUUUCAUUCUAUAUGUGGUGAUGCACCAGAAAUAGAAAAGAAAACUAGCUCGGAAGAUACUGGUGAAGGAGGCAAGUCCAAUCAAGAUGCUGCGCUAGCAAUGGGCAAAGGAGCAGCAAUGAAGGAACUAUUGAGCCUUCCAAUUGCUGAAUUGGAAAGACGUUGCAGGCAUAAUGGGUUAUCUCUUGUUGGUGGUAGAGAAAUAAUGGUUGCAAGAUUGCUUAGUCUAGAAGAGGCUGAAAAACAAAGGGGAUAUGAUUUAGAUGAUGAUUUGAAAUAUGCACAGAGCCAUUCAAACUCAGGUAGAUACCCAAGUAGCAGGAAGGAAAUUGGUGUUGAAACAGAGUCUGUUGGAUUAUCGGGAUGGAAUCGUUAUGGUGAAGAUGAGAUACAGUCACAAGGAAAAGGGUCUGUACCUUUGGCCCCGACAAUUCCCAUACCACAGCCUGAGCUCAAAGCCUUUACAAAUAAAGGGAAAACUGAUCCUGUUUUGCCUGCCUCUAAGUGGGCCCGAGAGGAUGAUGACAGUGAUGAUGAACAAAAGAGAAGUGCUAGGGGUCUGGGGUUAAGCUACUCUUCUUCUGGAAGCGAGAAUGCAGGUGAUGGUCCUAGCAAGGCUGAUGAGAUGGAAUUUGCAACUGAAUCAAGCAUCCCCUCUCAACCAGACAGUGGAAUGAUGAAUGAAGAGCAUAGACAAAAGUUGAGGCGUCUAGAGGUUGCUUUAAUAGAAUACCGUGAGUCUCUUGAAGAACGGGGGAUCAAAAGCUCUGAGGAAAUCGAGAGAAAAGUUGCAAUCCAUCGGAAACGGCUACAGUCCGAAUAUGGAUUAUCAGAUAGUAAUGAAGAUGUCUCAUGGAAUAAGCGGUCAUCUGCAGAGAGAAGGGACAGACGAGAUGAUUCUCGCGAGACUACAAGAAAGCGCCACCGCAGCCGGAGUCAAAGUGAGGAUGGGGACCGGGAGAGGCACCGUGAUAGAUCUCAUGAUCCAGAAAGCGAAAAGGGAAGGGAUCGAGAACGUGAUCGUGAGAAGAGUGGAAGCAGAGAGAGGGAAGAUCAUGACAGGGAUAGAGGUAGAGAGAGAGAGAGGGAUAGGAGAAGACGGGUGAAAUGAGCUUGCUGGAUGGAUCAUGGCAUAUGCAUCAAAGUAACAUCUACUCUCCUCAAUGAAGAAAUGGGGGGGGGGAGGGGUUCAGAAUAUCAAUGGAUCCACUUAUUUUCCAUUUGUAUUGGUUUUGGGGGUGGUUUGAUUAUGAAGAGAAAUCUAUAUUGAUCAGUUUUAAGAUGGAUUUAGGUUAGCCUGCCCAGGAAAUUAUCUGGCUUUUUUUUAACAAUGUAUGGAGAAAUCUGUCUAGUGUUUCAACCAUAUUUGUGGUCGCA